AUGCACGACUCCAUCGUCUGCGCUGAUCUCGCCGUGAGUCCCACAAAGACGUCUCCUCAACACCAACCCCAUUAUCCUCCUGCUGCAUCCGCACAGGACGGCAACGGACCGCUUCGCUCAUCGCUCAAUUCGCCGCCUACGUCGCCCGCCUUUUCUUCGACGUCCACUGCUGCCGAAGGCGAGGACCUCGGGUCCUCCCCCAUUUUGCCUUCGCUACCCGCGCCGAGACUCCCUGACCGAGCUCGGGAAAUUCUGAGGACUCAACCCAGCGUCGAACAAGAGGAGAGAUACGUGACCGCCAGCUGGGGUUCCCCGUAUUCUGCAGAGGACACGGGACUUCUCCGUCCCCGGAGCAUAGGCAGCGAUCAAUCCGAAGACUCGCCCAUUCAUCACAUCGCCAUCCGCACUCCCUUUCUCCGUCCUCCCCCCGCGCUUUCGCUCGCACAGGACGAUUCCCCCGAGCCCUACCUUAGCGCCGCUCAAGUCCUCGCCAAUCGCGCUCGACGACCUGCGCGACGACUGACCGAAGACUGGAUUCGCCAGCACACGGCCGGAGAGAAUUCCGAGAGUCGGCACUGGUUCAGUGACGGAAGUGAGCACUCUUCACUGAGCGGCUCCGGAUCUGGCGACGAACCCGCCUGGCACGAAAAGGAUUCUUUGCAAACACCCAAAGCUCGGCCGCGCCUUGCCCGCGCAUCCCUCACCGAACCUCGACACCCUCGCACCCGUUCGAGCGUCGAGACGCUCAAACCGGAAGACGCGAAGCCUCGAGACGACAUCCCAGAAGCAAACAUGGAGAGCCCCGAGCUCCCAGAGGCCGACUUGGCCCGCGACCUCCCAGACCUCCCUGCCAUCCCCACAACGCCCAGAAGAAGCGCGAGUGCUACACAUAGCGAGACCAUAAAGGCUCCCAUCACGCCAAUGCGAAGUGUCUCUGCAAGAGUUCCCGCCAAAGAACUGAGCAUGACACCGCGGCUGAAGAAGAAGGUUCCGUGGAAGGGCAAGAAUAUCAUGGUUCUGCUUCCCAAAGAUGAUGAGCGCGGACGCCCCGGACAAGCGCCUAAGCCCCUGAACCAGACCGAGAUUGAAGGCAUGUUCAAAUCGUGGCAGGAGCUUGGCUACGACAUCAGCGGCUUCGACCUGGACGUGGCAGAAGGCACAUAUCAGGCUCCCACGGGGUACUCCCAGAGCCGAGACGCCUGGCCCGACUUCGACGAAGUUGCUAGGGAGCGUGCGGAACACACCUACAAGGUCACGUUGCCUGACUUGAACGCUUGGAAAAAUUACGUCAAUGAACUCAACGAAGCCAAAUUGCGAGCUCUCGGAGUGUCAUUCGGCGACGACGACCCCCCAGCGCCGUCGAUAUCGCCCGCGGCAUCGCAGCCUAGCCGACAGGCGUCGGCGCAAUAUCCGCCUCUGCCUUUCUCUCCGCCCAUGCCUACGUCCUCGGCCUCGAGCAACCAUGUCCAAGGAUACCCUUUCCCGUCGCAGUUCAUUCCCGGCGGACGUUCUUCUGCAGGCCAAAGCCCGAGUAUGGCUUCUCCCGUUGGUUUCGGAAGCCAUCCGGCCAAGUACAAUGCCCGACAGUCGAUCUCAGUUCCCAUGGGUCAUUCGCCCUUCCAGAUGGCAAACCAGCCUUCGCCAUUGGGCUGGCCCUCGCAGCACAGAACCGAUUCGCCUUCGUUGCUCAACGGAGUCCUAUCUCCCGUUUCGCCCUUCACCCCCGAGGGUUUCGCGCCGACCGGCAGCCCUGCGUUCAAUGCACACCAGCGGCACCAGUCUCUGCAGUACCCCAUGAUGCCCCACCAGUUCAUGCAGCAACAGCAACCUGCGCGGGCGUCCCCACGCCUGCAGGAGGUUCGAGAAGAUGAGGAGGAAGUGGCCGAGGAAGCCCCCGCAAAGCCAUUGGAAUCCGCGCAGGUCAACGACGAUGACCUCCAGGCCGAGAUCGAUGAGGCCGAAUACCACUUGGAGGAGCAGAUGCGCAAUGAGUUAGAGCACGAGGACUACAGCCCGCACAACGAGGAGGCCGCUGCGGAGCAACUUGAGGACUUCUCCCAGCAGCAGACUCUGUCGCAUGCGAGAGACGCCUCCGUCCAGUUCCAGGCGGCACACCCGCCGUUGCAGCAACAGCAAUUUGUUCAGCAACCUGGUGACGGUCCCGUUCUCCACCACCCGCGGCCUCACAGCCGUGGUCACUCACUGUCGCAGAACUUCUUUUCCCACCACGACGAGACGCGGCCUCGUGGCGACAGCUUGGCCGGAUGGCACGAGGUCGAUCCCAACCGAAUCGACGAGGCGGCAGAGAUCGAGACCAACCCUAGCAAUCUCGGCACGCCCGUGCAGGAUUUCAGCCUCACAACGCUCUUGCAGCAGCACCAGCGGUCUUUCUCCACGGCUAGCAACCCUUGGCAUGACGUCUCGUCGUCCAUGUCGAGCAACUCCGGCAUGCCGAGGAGACCUAGCCAUGCCAGCAAGCCAUCGCUGUCGAAACUCAACGUCAAGGCCCCCGAAUUCAAGUUCAACCCGGGCCACGAGUCGAAAUCCAGCUUCACCUUUGGAAGCGGCAGCAACAGCUUUCAGCCAUCUGUGUUCCAGGCGGGAGGCGGAUCCUUUGCGUCGUCCUCUGUUGUUUCACCGUCGGCAAACUCUUUUGGUGCACAGUCCAUCUCGUCCAAGAUUAAUGCCGCCGCCCCUGUCUUCUCUCCCGGCCAGAGCGACUUUAGCUUUUCUGCCUCUGGUCCGAAAUUCCGACCAGAUGCACCUGCCUUCACACCCUUUGGGAACGUUUCGGACUCCGUUACUAGCCCUGUGUCGGGCAGCGAAAGCGCUGGAAACCGCACCAGCUCCAUCUUCGGCAACAUCGAUCUGAGUCUGUCCGACGUUGUCAAGCCUCCCAAGAAGAACAAGGCGAUCCCCAUCGUCCCUCCGAGCAGCAGCAAUAAGAACAAGAAUGACGAAUCCCAAGACGAUCUCCCGGAUGACGCAGAUGGUCGCCUGAUCGACGAGUCCCGUAUCAAGAGAGCCAAGGCCACGAGAGGGGAUGGCGACGAUGUUCCUCUCUUUGCUGAACCAUCGCCUGAGCCUACCGCGAUGCAGUCUCUCCAACCUGUAGCAAAACGAGAGGAUCAAGAUGCUUCAGAGCACAGGUCGGGCGACGAGCAAGCUUUCACACCAGCAGACACGACCAUGUCUUCCACGGUUGCUUCGGAGCACCCUACCGAUUCCAAGGCUGUCACAGCGACCAGCCCCUCAGAUACUUCUCCUGACCAACAGCAACUGAACUGGGCACCUUUCGAGUUUGAGUCAAAGGCAGAACUUCAGGACUUCAAUGACGCUGUGCCCUUUGGCAUCGACACCUACAAGAAGGGCCACAACAAGUCAUUGUCCGCCACCGCCAGGGCAUUCAUCCCCGGCGGUGGUUGGUCUGCGGCUGCCCCCGAGGCAGAGACAGAGGAGGACGAAGAGGACGAACGCGACAGGGAAGACACUAUCGAGCCCGUCAUGCCCAGCACCGAGGCUCCGGCUCAGCCGUCACCUCUGCAUGAACCGUCUCCGAACGCGUCGACAUCUUCCAACUUCGCCGCCCCCAAGGGAUUGGGCGCUUCUCGUUUCGCCAGCCCACCGAAAACUAAGGGUCUCUCGGCUUCUCGGUUCGCAGCGUCUCCUUCACCUGCUCGUGGACCCGAUGAAGAAGAGCUGGAAGAAGGGGAAAUCCCCGAGGACUAUGUCGUCUCCGAUAGCGAAGAAUACGCCGACGAGACCCAGGCGCACGACUUCUCUGGCAAGCAACCUGCCAAGAACGAGCCGACCUUUGAGGAGAUUGAUGCCAUUAUGAGCCAUCUCAACCAGAAUGACCCGACAUUUGGCGUGAACAAGGCCACUGCCGAGGCUGCCAGAUGGCACCAGCCCAGCCCCAACAGGCAGAUCCAGGUCGCUGGCGUCACCAACCUGUCGCCCUACAAGAUGCAAGCGGGCAGUCAGUACCGCAGCAGGACGUCCAGUCCUGUUCGGCAAUACCACGGCCUCCCGGCCGACAACUCCGCGGUGCCGAGCACAGAACUGGAUGACCCCUUCGUCGACCCCCCGAUGAGCGCGCAGUCAUUCAAUGCCCCUGUCACCCACUUGAACGGCGAAGAGAGCGCUGCGCACAGCGACUGGGAAGGGGCUUUCAGUGACGAGGAACAGGCCAAGCUGGAGCAGCGCGUCCAGUUCUUCGACGGCCGUGUCAACGAAGCCGUCAGCGAUCUGCUCUCUGCUCGCCUCGGCCCCUUGGAGAAGGCACUUCUCUCCAUCAAGCAAUCCCUCCGGGGCGGCUCUAGGAGAGCAUCCUCUUCUGUCCGUCGCAGCGUUUCUGCAGACAUUCAGCACAGCGAUGCCGACGACGAGGACGAAGAGCCCGUGCCGCGCCGCUCAAUGAGCCCGCGCCGGGACAAACGCAUGGAGCAGAUUCGUGCAGCCGUGCUCGACGCUUUUGCGGUACAGCAGCGCAGCGCUCCUCCAGUGGAUUCUGCCGCCGCCCCUGCUGCCUCUGAUGACACCGCCAGCACUGCUGUUCUCAAGGCCUUGGAGGAUAUGAGGGAGCAGUUUGGCGCUUCUAUGCGCCUUGACUUCCGCGGUGAGGACCUACGCAACAUUGUCGAAGAAGCCGUCGAGAAGCGCAUGCCGACUCCAUCCCAGCAGUCCGCAGCUGACCAUGCCAAGGACGAGGCUGUCAACAACAAGCUGAGUGAGCUCCAGGCUAAGGUGAUCGAUCUUGAGGAGCGCCUCUACGUCGAGCGAACCCAGACGGAGAGGGAGGUCACCGAUCGCCGCGCUGCCGAAGACCUUGCGGCAGAGCUAGAGAGAAAGCUUCAGGCCGCCGAGACCCGCGUCGAGGUCGAAAUCAUGAACAGGAGCAUUUUCGACAACCGCAUCGGUGACCUCGAGGAGAAGCUCAGGCAUCAGGAGGAGAGAGCCCAGGCAGAGCUCGAUGGCCGCCGUGUCGCCGAAGAUAGGCUCUCUGAGGUCCAGCGCCUUCUCCGCAUUGCUACCGAAGAGGAGAACCGCCUCAGGGAAGACGUUGAGGAGCGAGACCACAAGCUCAAGGCCUUUGAGCAGGCCGCUUCCGCGCAGACCAUGCGCAUGACCCUCAUGGAAGCCUCGCAGACGACCGCCAAGCAGGCUCAGACUGAGCUCACCAACAAGAUCAACGCAAUGGAGGACGACCUGCGCGGUGCCCAUCAAGAAGCCAACCGCUGGAGAUCUGAGGCGGAGCGCGCCAUCGAGACUGCCCGUCGACAGCAAAUCGACAUUGAGGAGACCUCCAAUGAGAACAAACAAAUGCAGAAGUUUCUUGACACCCUCGGAACCCAGCUCCAGGAGAACGAGCGCGUCAGGGAAUCCUGGCGUGCCAAGUUUGUCUCCCUUCAGGAAGACAUGGCUCAAGCUGCUCGCGACAUCACGGAAGAGAAUGCCCGUCGCACCAAGCGCGAGCAGGCCCUGCUCGCGCGUCAAGAGGUCUUGGACGCUAAGCUCCAAGCCGAGGCCCGUACUCGUGAGCGUCUUGAGACCGAGAUUGAGCGACUGGAGCAUGGCGAGCGCCAGGGAAUGCGUGCUGUCAGCGAGUGUAAGCGCCUCGAGGGCCUGCUGGGUGAGAUGAAGACCGAGAACCACAAGCUUCACCAGUCUGCCAUGCGCUACCAGAGCGAAUUCAAGGAGGCCAGGGAGUCUGGCAUCAACGAGGUCCAGCGGACACGCGUCUCCAUGCAGCGCGAGAUUGACGAAGCCAACCACCACGUCAACGUCGUCCGCGAGGAACUCGAGGAACAGAUCGUCAAGGUCAGAGCCGAGCUCGACCAGGUCAACAUGGACGUUGAGACUGCCAAGGCUCAGUCUGAGAUGAUGAUGGAGGAGGCCCAAUCCAGCAAGACUGAGGCGAUCGCCGAGCUGAAGCGGAAACACCAGAACGAGCUCGAGGACUUACAGACCCGUUGGGAGCGCCAGCUGAGCAACGCCGUCGAGGAUGGCCAGAAGACCGAGCAGCAUCUUCUCGAGCGUCUCAGCCUCUCGACAUCCAAGACGGAGCAUCUGCAAGACCGUAUCGCCCACCUGGAAGAGAAGCUCGAGAUCGCCAAGGAGGCUGCUCGUGCCGCCGCACAAGCCGCCAAGUCCGCAGGUGUCGAGGUACCUGCUCAACCCGCGGCCACCUCCCAGCCCAAGGCUUCCGCAACCGCCGCAACCGCCGCAACCGCCGCAACCGCCGUAACCGCUGCCGCCGUUGUCUUGCCCAAGGCCAUGGACCUUCCCGAAAAGAUCUCGCCCCAAGCCCUGAGGGAGUCCAUUAUGGUGUUGCAGGAGCAGUUGCAGGCCCGAGAGCAGCGCAUCGAAGAGCUUGAGUCCACCGUCGACAAGCUCGACCCCGAGGCGCCGACGAAGAUUGCCAAGCGCGAUGAUGAGAUCACUUGGUUGCGCGAGCUUCUUGCCGUGAGACACGGCGACCUGCAAGACAUCAUUCUUGCAGUCUCGGCUCAGGAUUUUGACAGAGAAACCGUCAAAGACGCUGCCAUUCGUCUCAAGGCCAAUCUACAGAUGGAGGAGCAGGAGCGCGAGCGUGCGAUGAACGGCGGAUCGGCCAUUAACCUGCCCAACAUUGCGCAGUCUCUUCGUGAGGCUGCUUCGCCCCGCGUUGCCCAAGCUGUCGGCCCCCUGGCUGCAGCGUGGGGUAACUGGCGAAAGUCCCAGCAGCCCAUCUUCGCGUCGGGCGGACGAAGUGGUCGGCCCUCGACGGCACGACCUGCUUUCGGCAGCAACCACACUCCAUCCAGGUCUACGGCUUCGGCAUCCUUCAGCAACAACUCGAAUGGGCUGAUGACGCCACCCGCCUCCGGCCUUCGCCAGACCCUUCCUUCGAGCACGGAGGAACCUCAGCCGACGGCUUUCCAGAGUACCGGCCGUCGGUACACGGCUCAGCAACUUCAGAACAGAACUCGAGGACCGUCAUUCACCGAUGUACCCUCGGAGCCUAUGCCCCUGAAGAGUCCACCUGCCCGCCGUCCAUCGAGUCGCUCCCAUCAACCUAUGACGCCCCCGAUGAUGCGUCCAAGCGCAUACGACUCGGACGCUCACCCGGGCGACUUUGACGACACAGACUUCUUUGAAGAUUAA